UUGAAUUUAGAUGCUUAUUCAAUCUGAAUUUAAAUGUUUUAUCAUUCGCCAGGUCUUUGCUUGUGAUUUCUUGUGCUGUAAACUGUAAUUAAUCAUCUUUACCUGUUGUCUAUUAUCCUACAGCUGGGCUCAUGCACUUGGAAUUCUUUGCCACCUGAUAAUUAGUGAAGGUAGUAUAUCUCUGGAUCGUAAUUGGAGUGCCAACUCUUCUAACAGCUGGAACUUCAAAACCCCAUUAAACAUUGUUGGUAUGAAUUGGGCUUGGAAAAUACUCGAUCGAGCAGCUCCUUUGUUCUACAUUUUGGUUCAGCCUUACACACUUCACCGGGUAUAUGAAUUUAUUUAGAUGUAUGUAGAUACUUAGGUGUACAGGGACCCACUGUAUUCCUUUUCUUUUUGUAACCUCACAUUGAAAUAUCUAACUUUUUGUAUAAUGGAUCUUUUCAGAGAAUUGCCACCGCACCUAAAAAACAAUAGUUUCAAUUGUAUAAAGAAAUCCAUGUAUGUGUGACAGAACCUUUACACGAGGAGGGCAACAGCGUCGACAAGGCGAUCGAGUCACUCCUGAAUGCGGAGAAGCAGUGUUGCCUGGCUGGCGAUGUGGUCAGCACUAGGAAGGACAUCGUCGAGCUCUCUUUCAAGGAUGGCGCCUGGAAGACGCUUAACUACCAUAUCGUUCUCCUCUCUAAGAGGAGGAGGGGCUAGCUCAAAGAAUGGCGUCACCGGGGAGGACGGCAGUGGCGUGCCCGUGUUCGCGGAGUACAACCUCGACGAGCUACACGCCUCCACCGAUGGCUUCGCAACGGACCACAUCAUCUUCGAGCACUGCGAGAAGGAGCCUAAUGCCGUCUACCACGGACCCUCUUCAGCUCUGGCACCACCGUCGCCAUCAAGCGCUUCGACCGCUCCGCCUGGCCUGACGCACGCCAGUUCGUGGAGGAGGCUAGGGCAGUUGGGCUGUUGCAGAGUGGUCGCUUGUCCAACCUCAUCGGAUGAUGCUACGAGGGUGGCGAGCGGCUGCUCGUUGCUGAGUUCAUGACGCAUGAUACCUUGGCAGCUGUGAUUCGUAGUGUGUUAGGGUUUGUUAAGUUUACUAGCUCCUUCAUUGAUGAUGGGUGGCCGGUGGUGCUUUUCUGCCGAGAAUUUAAAAAAUAACUUAUUCCCUGUGUCAUGCGGUUUAUGCAUCUCUUGCCUAUUUCUCUGUUUCAGAUAAUGGUCA